AUGAUGACAAAAUUUGGUUCGCGAAUCUAUUUGCAAAUUAAAUACUUCACCAUGUUGUCCCGUAUGUGCCCCAUAACCCGCUGUUCACUUACUAUAACGCAAACCCUAAGAACUCCAGUGGCACAUAAAAUAGUUCCUAAAAAUUAUUCAAUCAGAAAUUAUGCCCGUGAACCUCGUUCACGCGUUGCAGCUCGCCCUACACCUACAAUGUGGGAAAGAUUAAUGGCUCCAGCAGGUCCAAAUGCUUUCAGCCUAGGGAAGGGUGCACUAGCAGGAGCUUCUGCAAUGGGGCUCCUUGCACUCUGUUAUUAUGGUACCAGCUCCAAACCAGGAACAUUAGCUGAAGCACAUCUUUGGCCACAGUAUGUCAAAGAUCGAAUCAGGACUACAUAUGCUUAUAUUGCUGGAUCUCUUGUCAUAACUGCUGGCAGUGCCAUAACAGUAUUCAGAACUCCUGCACUUCUCCAGCUGGUUGCAAGAAAUGGAUGGAUGUCGAUAUUAUUGACCUUGGGCUUGAUGGUCGGGUCUGGUAUGGUGGUUCGUGGUAUGGACUAUAAACCCGGAUUUGGAGCCAAACAACUGGCAUGGAUUGUACACACCGGUAUUAUGGGUGCCGUAAUUGCGCCUAUUUGCUUUCUUGGAGGACCGAUAUUGACUCGAGCUGCAUGGUACACUGCAGGAGUGGUGGGAGGGCUGAGCACGAUCGCCAUCUGCGCGCCGUCGGGCGAGUUCCUGAACAUGCGCGCGCCGCUGGCGAUGGGGCUGGGCGCCGUGUUCGCCGCCUCGCUCGCCGGCAUGUUCCUGCCGCCCACCUCCGCGUUGGGGGCAGGAUUGUAUUCCUUAAGCAUGUAUGGUGGUCUCAUAGUAUUCAGUGGUUUCCUCCUUUAUGACACUCAAGCAAUAGUCAAACGUGCUGAAAUUACUCCUGUGUACGGACCACGACCCUACGAUCCAAUCGACUCAGCCGUUUCUGUUUACCUGGACAUCAUUAACAUCUUCAUGCGUAUUGCUAUGAUUAUGUCAGGAGGCGGCAACAAGAGAAAGUAA